GCAUUGUGUUUCGAGCACAACACGUGGGUUUUGAAAUAGCGUUGAACAACGGAUCGGCUAUUUAGUUUUUUUAUUUGUUUUGUUUAGAUUAUUACAAGAUGAAAUUCGCUUUCAAGUUUAGCAAUUUGUUGGGAGCAGUGUACCACAAAGGAGAUUUGUUGUUUACACCUGAUGGCAUGUCAGUCAUCAGUCCAGUGGGCAACAGAAUUUCAAUAUUUGAUUUGAAAAACCACAAAUCUAUGACAUUGCAGAUAGAAAGUAGAUUUAAUUACUCUGCACUGGGCUUAUCACCAAAUGGAUUGUUAUUGCUUGCAGUUAAUGAAGCUGGAGAUGCUCAUUUGAUUAGCAUGAUUACUAAAAAAUCCAUUCACACCCAUAGAUUCAAAGGAAAAGUAAAUUGUGUAAAAUUUUCUCCAAAUGGAACAUUUUUUGCUGUUGCCAAAGAAAGAACAGUGUUUGUGUACAGUAGUCCUGGUUUAGAAUCUGGUGUUUACAAUCCAUUUGUCAUGGAAAGAGUAUUUCAUGAUGCAACUGAUGAUGUGACUUGUUUAGAUUGGUCAUUUGAUUCUAAACUAUUAAUUAUUGGUUCAAAGGAUACUACUACAAGGCUAUAUAGUCUUGAUAAAUAUCAGAAUUUUAAGAAAUAUAUUCUUGGAAGUCAUUCUCAUGCCAUAUCAGGAUGUUUCUUUGAGAAGAAAAGUUAUGAUUGUACAACGAUCAGUGUCAAUGGCCAAAUGUGUAUCUGGGAAUGCUCAAUCGAUCCAGAUGAUUUGGAAUUACUGAAACCUAAAAAAAAGAAAGUCAAAGUAGAUUCAGAUGGUGAGGAGGAUGAUGUUGACUUAGAUAAAGCAAUUGAAAAAGUAAAAAACACAAUGAAAAAAGCAAGUGUCUCAAAUACAACAUCUGAAGAAGUUGAAUCUGAAGUUAACAAAUUAUUUUAUAAAAGAUUAGCAAAACACUAUUUGUGCGAUGAUCCAAGAAAAGCAAAUAAAGAUGUGGUUUUGACUGCAGCAGCUUAUCAUAUUGAAAGUCAUAUCUUAGUAGUUGGUUUCAGCAAUGGGUCAUUUUACUUGUAUUCAAUGCCAGAAGUCGACAUGGUUCACUCUUUAAGUAUGUCAAAUCAAUGCAUUUCUUCUAUUGCGGUAAAUCCUUCUGGUGAUUGGAUAGCUCUAGGUAGUUCAGAAUUGGGUCAGUUGUUAGUUUGGGAAUGGCAAAGUGAAACUUAUGCCAUGAAACAACAAGGUCAUAGCAGUAACAUGACCUGUAUGGCCUAUAGCCCAGAUGGUCAGUAUAUUCUAACAGGUGGAGAAGAUGGAAAAUUAAAGUUGUGGAACACAACUACCGGAUUCUGCACUGUUACAUUCCAUGAACACACUUCAGCUAUUUCAGGAGUGUUAUUCAGUAAAAAUAGAAAAUUCAUUGUUUCUUGCUCAUAUGAUGGAACAGUCAGGGCAUAUGAUCUUUUGAGGUACAGAAAUUUCAAAACAUUUACAUCACCAAGACCUGUUCAAUUUUCUUGUGUGGCAUUAGAUUCAAGUGAUGAAUUCCUUGCUGCUUCGGGACAAGAUUUCUUCGAAAUUUAUCUUUGGAGCGUGAAGUUGGGAAAACUGUUGGAAAUUUUAAGUGGACAUGAAGGACCAGUGACAAGUUUGGCAUUUAAUCCAAACAUUGCAAGCACAGAACUAGUUUCUGUUUCAUGGGAUAAAACCCUGAAAAUAUGGAAUGCUAUUGAAAAUAAUUCUGAGCAUGAAACUAUCCGUUUGGUAUCUGAUGCCUUGUAUGUUACAUACAGACCUAAUGGAGAAGAAGUUGCAGUUACCACUCUUGAUGGACAAAUAUCAUUUUUCCAUUGUAGAAGUGGCACACAAAUCACAUCUAUUGAAGGUAGAAAAGAUUUAGGUAGUGGCAGAUCUGACACUGAUUUGAUAACUGCUAAAAAAAGUCUGCAGGGAAAAGCCUUUACAUCUUUGUCAUAUACUGCGGAUGGAGAAUAUAUUAUUGCUGGAGGGCAAUCAAAAAAUGUCUGCAUUUAUAAUGUCAAAGAAGGGAUUCUUAUCAAGAAAUUUGAAAUCACACAAAAUCGAUCGAUGGAUGCAGUAGAUGAUUUUAUCAAUAGGAGAAAACUAACUGAAUUCGGUAAUAUGAAUUUGGUUGAAGAGCGUGAAGAAACAGAAGGCGGCAAAGUCACUUUGAGAUUACCAGGUGUAAGAAAAGGCGACAUGGCUAGCAGAAGUAUUAAACCAGAAAUCAGGGUUUAUGACUUACAAUUUGCCCCAACAGGUCAAGCUUGGGGUGCUGUAACUACAGAAGGAUUGAUUUUAUUUUCCCUUGAUGUGGGGAUGGUGUUUGAUCCAUAUGAGUUAGAAAUUGGCAUUACUCCACAGACUCUUAAGGCAGUGCUGAAAGAAAAAGAAUAUACCAAAGCUCUUAUGAUGUCAUUGAAAUUGAACGAGUUGAAGUUGAUUCGAGAAGUAGUUGAAAAUGUUCCCUAUAAUGACAUUUCAUUAACAGUGUCUAAUCUGCAUGAAAAUUACGUAGAAAGAUUAAUGAAAUUUUUGGCUAGUGAAAUGGAAAAUUCGAAGCACUUUGAAUUCUAUUUGUUAUGGGUAAAAGCUCUGCUAACUGAAAAUGGACAAAGAAACAACUGUUUACACUCACCUGUUUUAAUGACGCUACAGAAGAAUUUACAAAGAAAAUAUGAUGACUUGAGUAAAAUAUGUGAUUUCAAUCAAUAUACAAUGCUGUACUUGAUGUCACUUAGUGAGAGAAAACAAGUUGAAGAAAUGGAAGGCGAAGAAUUAAAUGACGAAGUUGACGAAUGAAUUAUAUACUAACAUAGAUCUUGUUUUAUGUAUAUAUGUAAAUAUUGAAAGUGGAAAGUUGAAUAUUGACUUUAACCAUCGUUUUUAUAUUAAAAAGUAGUUAUAUUCAUAAAUAAAAUU